GCGGGCUUUAAAUGCGGAACGGUGAGGCGCCUGUGGUGUUUCCCGGCACUCCGGCAACCGCUGUCAUGGUUGAGGCGUUCUGCGCGACGUGGAAGCUGGCGGACAGCCACAAUUUUGACGAGUACAUGAAGGCGCUGGGAGUGGGGUUUGCGAUGCGGCAGGUGGGGAACGUGACUAAGCCCACGGUGAUCAUCAGCAGCGAGGGGGACAAAGUCGUGAUCAGGACUCAGAGCACUUUCAAAAACACAGAAAUCAGCUUUAAACUGGGCGAGGAAUUUGAUGAAACUACCCCCGACGACAGAAACUGCAAAUCAGUUGUGACCCUGGAUGGAGACAAGCUAGUGCAUGUACAGAAAUGGGAUGGCAAAGAGACAAACUUUGUAAGAGAAAUAAAGGAUGGCAGAAUGGUAAUGGUAUCUGUAACACAGAACCAAGGUGAAGCUAGUGGACACUUCUCAGAUCAUUACUUUUUGUUUGGCAUCUUGCUGGAAAAUUGCUGAUGGCUCUUUGGCUCCAGGCAGGCCAGUCUGUGGGUUCUCGAAGUGCAUCCUUUCUAGAGUUCAUGGAAAUGCCCAAAUGAAUAUAUAUUGCAAAUCACAAUUUUAAUACAUGCAUUUACACGUAACAUAAUUUCUUUUGAGUUGCGAAAUAUAAUAAUCAAUAAUUUAAUAUGUAGACAAUGCUUUGUUCAGAUUUCUUUAAUAGCUUAUUCCGUAUAUGCGCAUGUAAAUAAUAGAGAAUUACACAGAACAAGUAUUUCUCCAGGAGAAUAAAACUUCAGUACUACAGGAGGUAAUAGCUUUUCCUAUUUCAUACAAAAGGACUUAUUCUCCCUUUCUUGUUUAAAAAUGUUUAAAAUAGCAUUUGUACAAAAAUAAAAAAAAGGAAUUUUUGUUUUAAGUUUGUUCUCUUGCCUAAUUUUCAGGAGUAGGAGUAUGGGGUGAAUAAGUGGCGUAAGUUACUCUAAUGUCCAGGCUGAUUUUCAUGGCUAUGUUUGGUAUACAGAUGUAUCUUGCAGGGGGAAAAAAAAAAACACACA